ACGGUUGAAUUGACCAAUGUGUUUGUGUGUCAAUGAGUCGCUACAUGUCCACGGUCACAAUAGGUACCUACCUAUAAUAUAUUUUAUAUCAUUAUUUUUGUUUAAUUCUUUAGACUUUGAGUGUAAUUUUAUACGACUGACACACUGAUAGUGCUGAGUAGUAAAAACUACUAAUUAAUUUAAAAGGCUAAUGUUCAAUGGAAAUCCGACGUCGUGGUAAAAGGGAAAACAAUGGCCAGCCAAUGGAAACGCUGCAGCAUGUCGACGGUGUUGAAGACGAGUCCUGGAAAAACCAAACAUAUUUUUCAACGUUAAAGACUACACUGGCGGCACUAUGCGUAUUGGUUUUACUUAACGGUUUUGUGUAUUACAUGGACAACCGUUUGCCAGAAGUCGAGCAAUCCACCUCGGCCAACGGUUUCGACGCAAAACGCGCAAUGUCCACGUUGGCCAAAUUGUCGGAUAUAGGCGCCAGACCGGUGGGUAGCGAUGAAAAUGAGAUUUUCGCCGUUAACGCGCUGACCGCGGAAAUCGACAGUAUCGCGCUGGACCAAGGCAACGCGAACGACGUUCAAGUGUUAAACCAACGGGUAAGCGGGUCGUAUAGGAAAAAAAAGUUCGCCAACUGGUUGGAUUAUCGUAACCUGAAGAACGUCGUUGUGAAACUGAAACCCAAAGGCGGCGAUAAUAUCGUCGAGGAGGCCGUGUUGUUGAAUUGCCAUUUCGACACGGUGCCCGCCACGGCCGGUGUCAGCGACGACGGUUUGCAGUGCGCCGUCAUGAUGGAACUCGUCCGGGUGUUGGCCAAGUGCAACGACUUGCGCAGGCCGAUAAUAUUCCUGUUCAACGGCGGCGAAGAAAUAGGCUUGCAAGCGUCGCACGGUUUCAUCACCCAGCAUCCGUGGUCAAAGCAUGUAAAAUAUUUCAUCAACCUCGAAGGUGCCGGGGCGGGCGGCAAGGAAAUGAUAUUCCAGACGACCGAGUCGAAUUCGUUUCUGGUGGACUUAUAUGCCCGCGCGGUGCCACGCCCGUACGGCAAUGUAAUAGGCGAAGAAAUCUACCAGACGGAAGUGCUGCCGUCGGACACGGAUUUCAGAAUAUUCAGAUAUUUCGGCAACUUGUCGGGUCUGGAUUUGGCUCACUACAAAAACGGAUAUGUAUACCACACCAAAUACGACGACUUGAAUCAAAUCGAACCGGCGGUGCUGCAAAACACCGGAAAUAACGUGUUGGCGCUGUGUAAAAUAUUCUCGUCGCACAACGGCACGACACAACCGAAUGCUAAAUAUGUGUACUUCGAUGUACUCGGCUUGUACAUGUUCUCCUAUACACAACAAUCGGGAGUGCUGUACAAUUGCACGGUUGCUGUGGUAUCGUUCGUUUCUAUAGUUUUGUCGUUGCGCCAAUUGGCAAAAGGAAUGAGUCCGAAGACGUACCGCUUAUAUUUGUUGACUGUCGUAGCAGGGCCGAUUUGUACGUUUUUGCUUACCGUUUUAUCCAGCGUCUUAGUGGCAUAUAUUCUGGACGUGCUGGGACGUUCGAUGAGCUGGUACAACAACAAGAUCAAUUUAAUGGUCUAUUUUGCAACUUCAACGUUAACCAUAUUGUUGCUUACGGUUUUAUAUCCUCGGAAUAAAACGAGAACGCGCGCGGAUUGGACUUUGUCGUUGUUCAACGGAUAUCAAUUGUUUUGGACCAUACUGUUGGUGAUCACCACAAUUUUGGGAUUACGGUCUAGUUUCGCGUUGAUGAUAAUAGUUUUGUUUCCAGCGGUGACCAAUUGCAUACUAGGUUUGUUGAGAAUCCGCAAAAAUCCUCACUUGUGGAUGACUAUUUAUGUUGCAUCGUUGCUUGUGCCCAUAACGUAUACGUUUUAUAUCACACAAAUAUUUUUAUCAUUUUCCAUUCCAAUUUCCGGACGGUUUGGAUCAGAUUUCAACAUGGACUACAUUAUCGGCUUGCUCGUUUCAAUAUCGACUUUCGCCACUGUUGGAUACAUGUCGCCGGUAAUCAUGAUGGUCAAAAAGCCUCGGUUGAUCGUUUACGGUCUAUGCGGUUUACUAUUACUGUCGAUAAUCGUCAUUGUGUCGCCAUUGGGAUUUCCUUACUCCGACGGCGUGAUUAUUAGUCCGAAGAACGAACGAUUCAAACUGAUGCACGUACAACAGACAUUUUAUAAUUUCGAAAAACAGGUACGUCGUAACGGUUCCGGUUUUUUGGUGGAAAAUUGGGAUCGAAACUCCCGGUUUAUAUCGAAAUACGUGCCAAAAAUGACAGAAGCCGUUAACGUGGACUGCUCUAAAGAACUACUGUGUGGGCUGCCUCUCACCAAAUCCUCACAACCGUCAAAUAGUUGGAUACCUUUUGCGCCAUCGAUGCCCUCCUUGAAAAGCAGUACACAUGUUUCAUUGAGCAACGAAAGUACUCGUAGCCGUCGAAUGCAAUUCAAACUCCUCGGACCGGAAAUGAUUAAUGUGUACAUCAGCCCCUAUCCAGGUGUUAACCUGACAGCCUGGAGUUUCACCGAUCAACCGGAAGUGUCCACUCAAUGGGAAAAUAAUGACGUUUACGUGGUUAAGCAUGCUAGUGGAACUAAAGAUGAAGAAUACAAAUUUUGGUUGGAAAUUCAAAGUGAAUAUGGUUUCAACGAAGCCACGGUCAAUGUUACGGUAUCCUUUGAUUGGGUUGUAUACAAAACUAUGGCGCUUGACAACGAAUUCAAAGAGUUCAUAAAUUCUUUUCCACCAUGGUCCCAUGUAACCUAUUCUGUCUCCAGUGUUUACGCAUUUGUUUAUUGAUUUAAAGUAAAAUUAUUGUAGAUCUACCUAUAUAAGUACCUAAUAUUGCUCAAUUUUAAUUUUAUAAAUCGGUUGUACAUUUUUGUAUAUUAUAUAUAUAUAUAUAAUUUUGUCAUUCCUUAUAAAUAUCUUCUUCUUGCCAGAAGAAGAUAUCUACAACAAAUGAAAGUAUAUCUUUAAAGUUUAUCAUAAAAACCAAGUUGAAAACUGUAAACAUGUAAUUAAUCAUUAUUUUUAUUUAUCAAUACUUAAUUGUUAAUGUUAUUAGUAUCAACUAAAAUAUAU